AUGAUCACCAAUCAGAAUUACUCGAGUUUUGUUUGCUGUGCUAUUUGUAAUAAAAUAAUCCCCCCAGCGCCUGCAGGGGAUGCCUUCAAACUGAUCCACGAUUACAAGCCAUUGAAGACACGCUUUUACACUCACAAAGACAUACUGGAGAUUGGGGAAAAUAUUCAGAACAAAGAAGAGGAAUUUCAAGAAGCUCUACUCAAACAUCGCAUUGCAAAAGCAGAAGCAGACUUGUGGGUUAAGGCCGAGGAACACCAAAAACAAGCUGUGGAAAAAGCACUUGAAGAAGCAAAUGAAAAGCACAAAAUUGACCUUCUAAAUAUGGAAGAGACACAUAAAAAAAAUCUACAGGAUUUGAUGGAUAAAACCAGAUUAGAGGUGCAUCAGAGCAUGGAAGAAGAAAUGAAGAGAGAAAACUUGGCUGCAGAACAGCGCAUGGUCCACAGAAUCCAGAGGAUUAUGAUGGAGUGCCACAGGGAGAAGGUGCAGGCGGUGCAGGCAGCCAGGGAUGAGGAAAGACGUAAAGCCCAAGAAGAAAUCCAGGCUCAGAAAAGAAAGGCCAUGGAGGAACUUUUGAGUUCUGGUGUGUCCAUGGUUAAGGAUAAGAAGAAGAGUGUAGAACACCUGAUAAAGGAAAAAGAACAAAAAAUGAAUAUCUACUAUGGUAUAGCUCAGAGGCAGACUCAAGAAGAAGUGCAGGAAGUACUUCAAGAAGCCAAGAAAACACAUCAAAUCACCCUUGGGAAUGUGAUGGAUAAACUGGUGAACACUGAAGGGGAGCUACUGUCCAUAGCAAAACAACUGGGAAUCAUGACAAAUUGGAAAGAUUUUCUCGAGGAGGAAUUACAGGAGACCAGGGCAGCAUUUCAAAAAUACAUCAAUUAUACUUUUCCUAAUCUUUCUCCAGGGCAGGCUGAUUUUAUUCUGCCAGAAAGAAAGAAAACCCCGUCCAACCUGGUUAUUAACAAGAACAACUCUUAACUAGAAGUCUUCACCUGA